AUGUUGCAGGAACAGGGCGCUGCCAGGCAGAACGUCAGUAGGUUCGAUGCUCCGAAUCGCAGAACUGUCAUUGUCCAAUCCGCUUGGCGGGCGGCCUUGCUACCCGUUCCAACGGAAUUGGCUUUUUGCCUUUUAGACAAGAUCAAUGGUGCCGAUUUUGUAUGGCAUCUUUGUUCCUGUUUCUCGCACGACUUCGCAUCAGAAUUGAACUCAGCAGGCUUCGAUGGCUCGCUUGGGAAUCUCAUGAGGCCAAGCCCUUUAGUUGAAGAUACAUCAGAAUUUCCAGAAUUUAUCCGGGAGGCCGAUGAAGCGAAGCUCGUGAAAGCACAUGCUGCUUAUCCAUGA